GCAGGCUCCCGGAGGAUCAGGGGAUCGGCAGAGGCAGAGGCAGAGGCAGAGGCAGGGGUGAGUAGGGCAAGAGCAGAGCUGGACAUCUGGAGGCAGAAUGUCGAACAAGGGUGCUACCAAGAGUGCAGGCUCGGAGCCCACGCUGGGGACGGACCCCUUCAAGGAUACAGUGCAGCGGCUGCGGGAGACCUUCAACUCGGGGCGGACACGGCCGGCCGCAUUCCGGGUGGCACAGCUGGAGGGCCUGGGCCGCUUCCUCCGGGAAAAGCAGCAGCUGCUGCAGGAAGCACUGGUCCAGGACCUGCGGAAGUCACCCUUUGAGUCAGACAUAUCUGAGAUUAUUCUGUGCCAGAAUGAGGUGGACCUGGCCCUCAAGAACCUGCAGGCCUGGAUGAAAGACACACCAGCAAGCACGAACUUGCUCACAAAGCUGGACAGUGCCUUCACCCGAAAGGAGCCCUUUGGCCUGGUGCUCAUCAUUGGCCCCUGGAACUACCCAGUGAACCUGACCCUGGUGCCCCUGGUGGGGGCCAUUGCAGCAGGGAACUGCGUGAUACUGAAGCCAUCAGAAAUAAGCAAGGGGACAGAGAAGGUGCUGGCCGAGGUGCUGCCCCAGUACCUGGACCAGAGCUCCUUUGCCGUGGCGCUGGGUGGGCCUGAGGAGACCCAGAAGUUGCUGGAGCACAAAUUUGACUACAUCCUCUUCACAGGGAGCCCUCGUGUAGGCAAGAUUAUCUACCAAUCUGCUGCCAAGCACCUGACGCCCAUCACCCUGGAGCUGGGGGGCAAGAACCCCUGCUAUGUGGACGACAACUGUGACCCCCAGACUGUGGCCAACCGCCUGGCUUGGUUCCGCUACUUCAACACGGGUCAGACCUGCGUGGCUCCUGAUUAUGUCCUGUGCAGCCCAGAGAUGCAGGAGCGGCUGGUGCCUGCCCUGCAGAACACCAUCACUCGUUUCUAUGGCGAGGACCCCCAGAACUCCCCCAACCUGGGCCGCAUCAUCAGCCAGAAACAUUUCAAGCGGCUCCACGAACUGCUGAGCUGUGGCCGUGUGGCCUUUGGUGGUCAGAGUGAUGAGAACAGUCUCUACAUCGCACCCACAGUGCUGGUGGACGUGCAGGAGAAGGAGAAGGUGAUGCAGGAGGAGAUCUUUGGGCCCAUCCUGCCCCUGAUGACUGUGAGGAGCCUGGACGAGGCCAUUGACUUCAUCAACCGUCGGGAGAAGCCGCUGGCCCUGUACGCCUUCUCUAACAACAGCCAGGUAGUGAACCAGGUGCUGGACCGGACCAGCAGCGGCAACUUUGGAGGCAACGAUGGCUUCCUGUACAUGACUCUGCCUUCCCUGCCAUUUGGAGGAGUCGGCAAAAGUGGAAUGGGCAGGUACCACGGCAAGUUCUCCUUCGACACCUUCUCCAACCACCGCGCUUGCCUACUCUCUCCCUCGGGCCUGGAGAAGCUCAAUGAGAUCCGCUACCCACCCUAUAGUUCUCGGGCCCAGAAGCUGCUGAGAUGGGCCAUGAGCUCCCACAGCUGCACCCUUCUGUGAGAGCAGCCCAUCCCCAGCACCCACCAAGGGCCCCUGCCACCUGCUGCUGAUGACCGCCAAGCCCCUGACCCACCCUGCGCUGUCAGCUGCUGCCCACCUGCCCAGUGGUCCCUGAAAGACAGGUGUCCAGCCCAGGCCAUGAAGACUGCACUCCAGGGACUUUUUCUGACCAGAUCUCCAGCUAGGCAGGACUUCUGGGUGGCUGGUCCAGGCCCUUCCUAUACCAAAGUCCCCUUUACAGCCUUCUGUCCCUCUGCUUAGAUAGAUCUGAUGAUGGGGAACCUCUGUGCCUCUAAGCUUGGAAGUUUCUGUGGCUAGAGAAGACUCUAUAAAUAAAUGUAUAAAUAGGAUCCCAAGAGGCAGAGAAA